AUGGACCCGGGGCUGUCCAAGUUCGUGGACUGUGAGUACCUCAGCGCGGGUUUUCUCCGCCAGGCUGUUAUCACGGUGAUCACAAACGACGGCCGCGUGAUUGUGGGUACGUUGCGGGGCUACGACCAGACGACCAACCUCAUCUUGGAGGACUGCCACGAGAGGGUGUACUCGACAAAGUAUGGAGUAGAGCAACUGGUGCUGGGACUGUACAUCAUCAGGGGCGACAACGUGUGA